UAAUAAUAAGAUACCUAUUUCUCUCCCCCGGCAUAAAACUCCAAAAAAUUCUUGUAAAACUUACGAAAUUCUUUCUAAAUCCUUCACCUCUUUCAUUUGAUUUUGGUUUCUAGCUUCUAUUUAUUGUUUAUUGCUGCGAACGGCGGUGGGGAGAGAGGGAAAAUGGAAAUAAAUUAAGGAGAGAGGGUGCAAAACCAGAAUUCUUGAACUAUAACUGAUUGUUGAGUUCUUGGCUGCUGAGUUUAGAUCUGUUCACUUUUCCCUUUUCUUAAGGGAGCAGCGUUUCCUGGGAUGAAGCGUUUGCGGGAUGAUGUGUUUUUAAACCCUCAAUUCAAGAGGCCAUUUGGCUCUUCUUCUCGGGGAGAAUCGUAUGGGCUGCCAAAUCCUCCUAUAGCCGGUGGAGGUGGGGAUGGGGUUGGUGUUGGAAGUGGGGGUGGGGGUGGGGGUGGGGGUGGAGGAGGAGGUGGUGCUGGUGUCAGUGUUAAUGGUGGAGGUGGUGGUGGAGGUAGCGGCAGUGGUACGGCUGUUACAGCUGGAGGUGCACAAAAGCUCACGACAAAUGAUGCAUUGAGUUAUUUGAAGGAUGUUAAGGACAUGUUCCAGGAUCAAAGGGAAAAGUAUGAUAGGUUCCUUGAUGUGAUGAAAGAUUUUAAGGCUCAAAGGAUUGAUACUGCUGGUGUCAUAGCUAGGGUGAAAGAGUUGUUCAAAGGACAUCCUAAGUUAAUACUUGGCUUUAACACAUUCUUGCCUAAAGGAUAUGAAAUUACCCUAACUGAUGAGGAAGAGGCUCCAGCAAAGAGGACCGUUGAGUUUGAGGAGGCUAUUAGUUUUGUCAAUAAGAUCAAGAAACGUUUUCAAAAUGACGAUCACGUGUAUAAAUCUUUCUUGGACAUUUUGAAUAUGUACCGGAAGGAACAUAAGGGUAUAAAGGAGGUGUAUGAAGAGGUUGCAGCACUUUUUGAGGAUCAUCCAGAUCUUCUUGAUGAGUUCACAAGGUUUCUGCCAGAUACUUCAUCCACAGUGUCAGCUCCUCAGGCUUCUUUUGGACGGCAUUCUUUUCAUCGUUAUGAUGAGAGGAGCUCUGCCCUACCCACAAUGCGACAAUCUCAUGUAGAUAAGCAACGGUCGCGAAGGGAGUCAAGGGACAGGAUCAUCGGUCCCCAUGGAGAAAGAGAUCUUAGCGUUGAGCGUCCUGAUGUAGAUGAUGAUAAAACUGUUACACGAUUGCACAAAGAACUAAAGAAACAUUCUGAAAAAGAAAAUAGGGAUAAGAAAAGUCGUGAUCCUGAUGACAGAGAUCCUGACAUCGAGAACAAUGGGGACGCUACCAUGCAUCGGCCUUCUGAGAAAAGAAAAUCUGUUCGGAAAGACUAUGGGGAUGAUAAAGAUGCAUCAAAAAGUAUGUACAGCCAUGAGUUCAAUUUUUGUGAAAAAGUGAAGGAGAGGUUGCGUAGUGCUGAGGAUUACCAGGCAUUUUUGAAAUGCCUUCACAUUUACAGUACAGAAAUCAUUACAAGAAAGGAAUUGCAGAGUUUGGUUGCUGAUUUACUUGGUAAAUUUCCUGAUCUCAUGGAAGGCUUCAAUGAGUUUUUGGAGCGCUGCGAGCGUUUAGAGGGUUUCUUGGCUGGUGUUAUGGGCAAAACAGAAACAUUAUGGAAUGAAGGAAAUUCUUCAAAAACUUUGAAAAUAGAGGAGAAAGAGAAAGAACCAAAACGUGAAGUGGAAGGAGGGAAAGAGAAUAGAUAUAAUUUGAAAUACUGGGGAAAGUCCAUUCAAGAGCUUGACCUUUCCAACUGUCAACGCUGCUCCCCCAGUUACCGGCUUCUUCCAGAAGACUAUCCAAUACCCUCUGCUAGCCAGAGGUCAGAGCUUGGUGCUCAAGUUCUAAACGAUCAUUGGGUGUCGGUGACAUCUGGCAGUGAGGAUUAUUCUUUUAAACACAUGCGAAGAAACCAGUACGAAGAAAGCCUCUUUAGGUGUGAAGAUGAUAGAUUUGAGCUAGACAUGUUGUUGGAGUCUGUCAGUUCAACCGCAAAGCGAGCAGAAGAGCUUUUGAACAGUAUUAAUAACAACUCAAUUGGUUCAGAUAGUCACAUACGAAUUGAAGACCAUUUUACAGCUCUGAAUUUAAGAUGCAUUGAACGCCUAUACGGUGACCAUGGUCUUGAUGUGAUGGACAUUUUGCGUAAAAACCCAUCUCUUGCAUUGCCUGUUGUCCUAACCCGCCUGAAGCAGAAGCAGGAGGAGUGGACCAAGUGUCGUUCGGAUUUUAACAAAAUUUGGGCUGACAUAUAUUCUAAGAACCAUUACAAGUCUCUUGACCACCGGAGUUUCUAUUUCAAGCAACAAGAUUCAAAGAACUUGAGCGCAAAAGCUUUAGUGGCAGAUAUAAAGGAAAUCAAGGAGAAAAGGCAGAAAGAGGAUAGUGUUCUCCUAACUAUUGCUGCUGGAAAUAGACACUCUAUCGUUCCAGACAUUGAGUUUCAAUAUUCUGAUGCUGAGAUUCAUGAUGAUGUUUAUAAGAUUAUCCAAUACUCAUGCGAAGAAGUUUGCUCAACAAAAGAACAAAUCAAUAAAGUUUUGAGAUUUUGGACAACUUUUCUUGAGCCAAUGCUGGGAAUUCACUCCAGGCCAAAUUGCUCUUUGGCUAUCGAAGAUGAUGCUGCCACCAAGCAUCAAAUGAUGAAGAAUACUGUCACAGGCGUAGCUGAAGGUGAAGAUAGUCUCCAUGCCGAUGUUCCUAUGACAAGCUUGAAGCAACCGAAGCCCAACUGCAAUGGUGAUCUGUCUACAUCUCCUCAACACAAUUCAGGCAACCUUAGCUUAAAGAAUGCAGAGGCCAAAGUAGGGCUUACAGCUGGCGAAAGAUUAACCAACUCUGAUGUAGCUCUUUCUUCUGGAUCAGAUGCUAAUCUUGGGCAUGGUGCAAACUUAUCGCGAUUGAAUAAUGGCCACUCCAAGGAAAAUAAUGGAGCCAAACCUAUCACAGGAGAUUUACACUCUUUAGAGGUCGGGGAGACUGUGAGAUUGAAUCAAUUGAAAAAGGGUGAGUUUGCAGACGGAUCUAGACUAUCUGGAUACAAGGAAGAUUCAAUUGGUCCUUGUAAAAAUGAGAAAGAAGAGGGUGAGCUGUCACCUAAUGGUGAUUUUGAAGAUAAUUAUGGUGCCUAUCAGGAUGGCACUUCACCAGCCUUGCCUAUGAAAAAUCGUGGCACUGAUGGCGUGCAAUAUGAAACAGGGAGUCGCGAAGAGAAUUCUGCAGAUGCUGCAGGUGAAAAUGAUGAAGAUGCGGAUGAUGAGGACAGUGAGAAUGUUUCUGUGGCUGGAGAAGAUGUUUCAGGCAGCGAGUCUGCUGCAGAUGAUUGCUCACGUGAAGAGCAUGAGGAAGAGGAAGACGGAGAGCACGACCUUGAUGGUAAAGCUGAGAGUGAAGGCGAGGCUGAGAACACUAGCGAAGCUCUUGAUACAGGAGCAGAUGGUGCAUCAGUACCACAGUCCGAACGUUUUCUUAUGACUUGUAAACCUCUGUCCAAGCAUGUGGCCUCUCCAUUAUUAGGUGAUGGAAAGAAGGAUCGACGGUUUUUUUACGGAAAUGACACCUUUUAUGUGCUGUUUAGGCUGCAUCAGACACUGUAUGAGAGGAUAUUGUCAGCUAAGAUGAAUUCAGUAUCUGGUGAAUGUAAAUGGCGAACAACAAAGGAUGAUAAUGCUGAUCCAUAUGCCAGGUUCAUGAGCUCCUUGUUUAAUUUACUUGAUGGAUCUUCUGAUAAUACAAAAUUUGAAGAUGAUUGUCGAUCAUUAAUUGGAAACCAGUCUUAUGUGCUCUUCACUUUGGAUAAGUUAAUAUAUAAACUGGUCAAACAGCUCCAAACUGUUUCAAGUGAUGAAGUGGACUGUAAGCUUAUUCAGUUGUAUGAAUACGAAGAUUCUAGGAAACCGGAGAAGUAUGUUGAUUCAGUUUAUUAUGAAAAUGUCCAUGUCCUCUUGCAUGAAGAGAAUAUAUACCGGUUUCAAUGUACAACUUCACCAACCCGCUUAUCUAUCCAAUUAAUGGAUGAUGGAAAUGAGAAGUCUGAAGUAGUUGCUGUUUCAGUAGAUCCUAAUUUUUCAUCCUAUCUUCAUAACGAUUAUCUUUCGGUUGCUCACGGGAAAAAGUUAUCAUCACCAGUAAUGCUGAAUAGGAAUUUGCAAAAGUAUGCUAACCUUGAUGAAUCUACUGCACUAUCUAUGGCUACAGAAAACGUUCUGAUAAUGAAUGGGUUGGAAUGCAAGAUGGCUGCCUCCUCAUUGAAGAUCUCCUAUGUCCUAGACACAGAAGACUACUUUAUUCGGUUAGGAAGGAGAAGGGAAAAUAAACCAGCAAGAUUGCACAAUGCUCAGGCAAGGGUGCAGAGGUUCCGUGGGUUUCUGGCAGCAUCUCCGUAAUCCGGCAGUCCCCUUUCUAUGACGCCAUGAGACUUUGCUGUCAUUUGUCAGUUAAGGAAUUGCCCCAUCAAGUUCUGCCUGUUAGCCUCUGGAUGAAUCAAACAACCACGAGGGGCAGUUGCUUGAACCCGACCAUGUUGUGCUCUUUAAGCCAGCAACAGGCUUGGCGUCUGUAUAUAAAAAAGGCUUGGUCGAUAAUCUUAAUUGUAGAGUCUUUUAUCAUUUCAUUAUAUAUUUUGCUUUUUGCAGUUGAAAAAGCAGUCUCCUGCAUGUUCUUGUUAAUAGGGUUUACUGUAUGUUUCUGGCAGUUAUUUCCUGCUGGAAUGAUAUUUAACAGGUAAGGAUGGAUGGGAUUGUAACAGAAUAUAGCAGAAUUUCCAUGUUUUCAACAUGUUUUCUUGGCUUAUGGCAAUGUGUAUACUGUAUAGAGUCGUUUACACGUGCAUUAUGUAUUUUCAACUUCAGAUCAAGUUUCAUCUUAUUCAA